GACAGUUCAGUUUCAGUCAGGUUGCUGUGGUCACCGAUUUGCUUACUCUCAUACAUGUGCAUUCCAUUUGUCUUUUGGAUUUGUUCUACCAAGUAACCAAUAAUUUAGAUUGCGACCUCAUUUUCAGGAUCGUUUAUUACUUUUGAAAUGCUGUAACGUAAAUUUUUGUAGAUUUGAAAAGUAAUACGUCUUCCCGGAUGAGGUCGUUAAGCCGUUCGUCGGUUUUGACCCUUGCUGCUGGAAUGACCUUUGGCUUUUGCCUGGCUUACAUCUUCCAUUCAAUCCGCUUAUCAAGUCAUUCACCCUUCUCCCGGUUACAUAAACCACGCUUUCCAGGAGAUGGUGGUGAGGAUGCGCAUGGGCAUGGGCAUGAUCACGGUGACGUCCACAAUGAAGAGGACAUGGAUCAUCUAUCUGGUCCUGUUCAUGAUUUUGGAUUGCAUGGCAGUCACGAAGACUCCCACGCCGGUGAGGAUGAAGUGGCAAAAGAGCUACGCGAAAAGGUUCGUGUGUUAUGCUGGGUCAUGACGGGCCCCAAGAACCAUGAGAAAAAGGCGAUUCAUGUGAAACGCACUUGGGGCAAACGCUGCAACAUACUCGUAUUCAUGAGUUCCGUGGAAGACAAGUCGUUGCCUUCUGUGGCGUUACCUGUCGGAGAGGGUCGUGAAAAUUUAUGGGGUAAAACGCGCGAAGCAUACCGUCACGUUUGGGAAAACUACCGAGACAAAGCUGAUUGGUUUAUGAAAGCCGAUGAUGACACUUAUGUGGUGCUGGAGAAUCUCCGCUACAUGUUGUCACCCUACAAUGCUUCGGAGCCCAUUGCAUUUGGCCAUAAAUUUAAACCCUUCGUCAAACAAGGGUAUUUCAGCGGUGGCGCUGGAUAUGUUUUAAGUAAAGAAGCCACCAGAAGAUUCGUCGAAGAAGGACUUACGAAUCCGAAAAAAUGUAGAGAAGAUCCUGGAGGUGCUGAAGAUGUCGAAAUGGGUAAAUGCUUAGCCAAUCUGAACAUAAAAGCGGGUGAUAGUCGGGAUUCUUAUGGCAGGGGUCGGUUUUUCCCAUUUGUUCCUGAGCACCAUUUAAUUCCAGGGCACGUCUCUAAAGACUUUUGGUUCUGGCAAUAUAUUUAUUACCCUGUUAAAGAGGGGCUUGAUUGCUGUUCCGAUACAGCCGUGUCCUUUCACUAUGUUUCACCAAACGAAAUGUACGUGCUGGAGUACUUAAUAUAUCACCUGAAGCCUUUUGGGAUCCAAAAUAAUUUGCAAGGGACCGCUGCCCCACCACCCGACCAAGAUCUGAAAGCCACGCCGUGGUCAGGACCAACUGAUUGAGAAUAUACCUGUCUCUUUAUCUUUUGCGUACUAAGUCAAUGUUAUUAGUUUUUUUUUUAUUGUGUGAAUUCUAAAUCAUUUUGUAUUGAGGCCAAAAGAAACAAAAUAUAUUUAUGAAAUUUUC